GCUCUUUACUGUCGAUGUACGUCCAAUCUUCCACUUGUAGUCACCUGACCAACUGUACCUGUAGGCUGUACCAUAUACCAGUACGGUACCGGUACAGCAAGCAGUAUUGCCUUGUCGGAGUCUUGGUCAUGUAACGGAAAGUCCAGUAGGCAUUCUGUAAAACUGCAUAUUUAUUCAUUGAAAUCUGAUUUUCUGACGAGUAUUCACAUCAGCAUCUAUUUCAAGGGAGUAUAAUUUGACAACAGUUUUAUUGAAAUAAAGUGCGGACAAAUAUCAAAAUCAUGAGUGGACCAGGACCUCAUAAUCUUGAUAAAGUACCCAACCAGGAGGGAUACCUAAUCCUCAAUGAUAGUGGAGCAGUCAUGGCUUCAUCUGGGGAUCUUGAGAAUGAUGAAGCUACUGCUGCUACCAUAAUGAAGAUGAUCAGGCUAGCAUCAAAAGUAAAUAUUACAUCAGACAACUCACAAUCCUUCAAACGACUCUCAGUGAUUUUCGAUGACUUCCUGUAUAUAGCCACAAUAUCAAGUGACAAGGUCUACAUUAGUAAAAGGAAAAAUAUUCCCAAAGAACCGGUUUUGGCAUGAUAAACGAACCAUUUGAUGUAAAUGUAUUACAAGGUUUGUAUAAAGGAUGUACAGUACAUCUUUACAUUUGUUCAACCAUCUAUUAAAGGGAAAGUUCACCUUGCCUAAAAGUUGAUUGUAAAAAUAGCAGAAAAAAACAAACAAAUAAAUCACCAUUGGUAAAGAUGAUGGUCGAACUAUUUUUCGAGGGAAGCUGGAUGUACAUGUAGCUAUCCUUUGAAGUGAAGCUGAGGAAAGAUAGUGAUAACGAGUACAUUCAGCUUGCCGAGAAAGGGAUAGUUUGCCUCGCUACCUGAAAUCAAGAGGUGAUUAUAUGCUUUAUAUUCCAUUAAUUGCCUGUUCAAUACGAGAGCGUAUUCCUAAAAGGACCAAUAUCCAAUGAAUAUCCGGUAGGCUACUGUACACAACUUGCUGUUCAAUAUGAGACCUUAUUCAACAGUCAAGUGCACAUACGCAAAAUGUACACCUACAACAAUGAAUGCAAUGUGAUACACAGCAUAAAGCACAAUGAUACUGUAUGACGUCACAUUUUUAUGAUGAUUAUAAUGAAGUGAGACCACAUUAACUGAUUGUAGUGACAUGAGAUUUACAACCAAAUUUUCCCCUCUUUUUUUUUUUUGGAGGGGGGGGGGUGGGAUAGAUAUUAAAGAUAAUUAUAUUUGAUAGCUUUUUUUUCAUGGAAUAUAAUACACAUUCCAUUCGUUAGGACCAACAUUCCUCUGCAAUUCAUGGAAUAAUUACAUAUUAUAUCAGAUGGCUGAGAAUGGGAUACCAGAAAUAUUCCAAGAGUUUGGUAAAAUAUUCUACGAAUUAUAGAUGAGUGGAAUAUUGGCGCUAGAGAGUGGAAUAUUUCUGGUAUUCCUUGAAAUUAAGUCAUCCAAUAUAAUUAUUACAAUAUAUUCCCCCCACAAAGAGGGAAAAUUUUUAUUGAGCAAGUCCUUUCACUUACUACAAUCAGUGAAUAUGGCCUUGCUUCAUAAGAUCAAAUUAGAUCGUAGAAAUGCGUCAUGACAUCAUUGAGUAUCAUUGUGCUCUAUGCUGUGCAUUGCAUUGCAUUCAUUGUUGUAUGCGAUGUAUAUUUCAUGCAUUCCCGCAUGCUCACUAGACUGUAAGUGUUGAAUAUGGUCUCAUAUUGAACAGCAAGUUUUGUACAGGAGACUGGGAUCCUUUCAGGAAUACACUCUCAUAAUGAACAGGCACUUGAAGCAGACAGAAAUAUGCAUUUUUGCUAACUCUAUAUAGAUAAUAAUUGCCCUUAUCCCUAAUAAGACCAGGGGGGGGGGGGGGGUGAUUAACAAAAUCAUUAGAAAUUUAGCAAACAAUAUUUGUAAGAAAAUGAAUGUGAUGUUGAAAUUUUAAGAAGUACAUUUGAUCAGAUUCCUAUAAAGAGUCUGUGGACCAAAAAUUAGCACUUUUGGGGCAUUUAAUUAUUUACUUUAUGAGAGCAAACUUUUGAUUUUACGCAUAAAUUACCAUAAUUACUUAGCAAUGAGAUAUUUCACAGAAUCUGAUCUUAUAGUUUUGUAGAUUAUGACACGGGCAACGUGCGUGCCAACUUUUGACGGCCGAGAUCCUAAAGGGGGGGGGGGGGGGGCCUGAAUCCCCCCCCUCGUCUUCUUAGGCAUCAGAAUAUCCCAGUCUAUUUGUGGUAUCCAAUUCCAUCCCAUUUUUUCUUUUAUUUUUACAGCAAAGUUUUUGUUAGGAUGAACUUCCCCUUGGUGACUUCAAGCUCAUUGUCAUGAGUGGAAUACAGUCUAGCUUAUCAAGGCUAAGUGUCGCAUGAAAAAUGGUUCCAACCAUAUCUUGAUAACUCAACAUCAAGUAAAGUUUGAUCUUGCAUCAGCCUCAUUUAUACUUUGAUGCAGUGGCAACAAUAGUUGAUGUGAGUUUUGUGAUCAUCAACUGUGACCUGCCAUUCCCAAACCAUCAAACAGUUGCCAGGAAAGGUUCUCUGUAAACUGCCAAAGUAGUGAGUUGGUCUUCAAAAAGUUAAAAUGUGACCAGGCAUAGCAAAACCCACUUACAGUCACCAGAAAUGAUUUUAAGUUAAAAAUUUCUACUUAAAAGAGGAGACUCUCAGCUUUAAAAUUCAAUUCAAUUUUUUCAAUUCAAUUCUUUAUUCAUUCAAAUUCAAAUAGGUUAAAAAAAACCAUAUGUACAAUGCAAACAAAUUAAAAAUGCAUACAAUAAUACAGAGUAAAUCAUUUCAUAAAUAAACAAAACAUUGCCUUGAUUAAAUAUCAUAAUUGAAUGAAAGAGAACUUGAGAAGAAAAGCACAGAGGCCUUGUGAGAAUAAGUUCUCAAAAGAAAUUAUAAUAUAUAUUACACAGGCAUAUAUCUAGAUCAUUAUAAUAAUGUAGGAUGACAUCAAAAACAUGUAAAAUAGGGAGAGCAAAAUAAUUAAUACUUGGACAAGAGGGAUUUUUAAAGACAUCUUUUAAAUAAAUUUAGAUUUGUGUAUGAUCGUAUGUUACAAGGAAUGGAAUUCCAAACAGUGGGAAAACUAAAGCGGAAUGAUUUUUUUGUGAAGGUUGAGGAAACUUUAAAUAAAUGAAAAUCAUUGUUUAUUCGAGUGUUAUAAUUGUGAACAUUGCUAUUUAUCUGAAACAUCUGUAAAACAUUCGAUGGUAAAACAUUUUGAAAAUAAAAGAAUCCAAGAACGGCAGUAUAAUAAAUGUAUAAGUCAUAAACAUUCAAUAUGUUUAAUUUUUUAAAUAAUGGUGCAGAAUGUGCAAGAUAAUGACUGAAUGUGCAAAUCCGGACUGCUUUUUUUUGUAGUUUAAAUAGUGUGUUUAGCUUUGAUUGAUUGCAAUAGCCCCAAAGUGGUAUACAAUAUAUUAAAUAAGGUAAUAUUAAGGAAUUAUACAAAGUAAGCAGAGCAGAUAGGGGUAAAUAAUGUCUGAGUUUAAAUAAAAUACCGACGCACUUUGAUAUUUUGUUGUUUAUAUAGUCUAAAUGUACCUUCCAUUGCAAAUUUUUACCAACAUAACAAGAAAAUUAACAUCAUCUGACUUUUUUAAAGGUUUUGAGUCAAUGGAUAUGACAAUAUUUUCUACUUCAUUACUCACAUUGCUAUAUUUAUUGUGGAAUGGAACAAAAUAUGUUUUAUUGAAGUUGAUUAUCAAUCGAUUAGUCUUAUACCAUGUGAUAACUUUGUGGAGUUCAGAUUCAAUAUUUCUUGUAAAUUUUCUGUGUUUGGUUGUGUAUAAAACAGAGUUGUAUCAUCAGCGUAAAGUAUAUAUUCAAUUUUUUUUAAGGAUUUGGUGAUAUCAUUAAUGUACAAUAAAAAUAACAGGGGGCCGAGAAUUGACCCUUGUGGCACGCCAUAUUUAAUCAAAGUAUUAUCUGAAGAACAAUUUGCAAAAUAUGUAUAAUGGUAGCGAUUAUCUAAGUAGCUAGUAAACCAUUUCAAAACUGUUCCCCGUAAACCAUAGUGAUUCAAUUUAUAUAACAAGAUAUUGUGAUCCACAAUGUCGAAUGCUUUUGACAAAUCCAGAAAUAUCCCAAACCCAAACUUAUUAUUAUUAAUAGAUGAAAUAAUUUUAUCUUGAAUGUCUAUAAUUGCAUGGGAAGUAGAAUGAUUUUUUUCUGAAUCCAUAUUGGCUGUUAGUGAUAAUAUUGUGGCUACAAAGAAAAGAGUACACUCGAUUAUAAAUACAUUUCUCAAUCAACUUAGUGCACAGGGUAGAAAAGAGAUUGGACGAUAAUUGUUGAAAACAUGACAAUCUCCCUUUUUAUAAAUGGGCACUAUUUUUGCAAUUUUCAAUUUGAGUGGAACAUCACCAGUUUCAAUAGACAUGUUAAAAAUAUGUACUAAAGGCUUCACAAUGGAGUAAAUAAUUUGCUUCAUAAUAUUAACAUUUAAAUAAUUAAAGUCAUAUGAAUAACUGUUUUUUAAUGAUUUACAAAUUUCAGCAAUUUCAGAUUCUGUAAUAGGCUUAAAAAAUAUUGACUUCGGACAGCUAUCAGCAAGAUAAUUAUCAAUAGUGUUGUUACAUUCACUAUUAACAGGAGACGUUGAUUCCAAUGCUAUUGAACAACAGUUAGCAAAAUAGGAAUUAAACUCUUUGGCAAUGCUAUGUGGAUCAUUGAUUUCUUUCUCAUCACAAAUAAAAUAGUCUGUUUGAAGUUAUACGAGUAGGAGAAUUGAUAACAGGGAAUAAACCAAAAGAUGAAUUGAUGUUCAAGAAAGUACAGGCAUCAUGUUCCAAAGGAUGUUUACAUAAAUCAAUAUUAAGGUCUCCUAAAAUAUAGAGUUUCUUAUGCGAACAUGAAAUCCCACAAAGUAAUAUGUUGUAAAAGUUUAAAAACACAUCAUUAUUACAGCUUGGUUUUUUAUACAUGACACCAACUCUAAAGUUAAUAUUAUUUUCACUAAAAUCAAUAAAUAAUGCUUCGCAACAGUCUUUUUCUUCAUCUGUUUGAAUAAUAUCAUUACAAAUUUUGAACUUGAUGUUAUCACAUAUAAAUAAACCAACCCCACCUCCACGUCCGAUAUGCCUUCUUCUUCUUCUUCUUCCGGGUGUAGUACAGACCUCUGGGUAGAGUAUUUUCGUACUUUGUGCAGUGCUUAAAAACUAGUGUGCCAUGCUGCAUUGCCAAACCUCAGUAAUAUGCUUAUGAGGUUAAAGGUGUAUGUACAUAUAAGGUAAAAGUGCUCCUUGUGCAAGUAAAAACUAACUCCUUUUCCAUCUAAGCCUGGCGCAGCGUUAUCCCGUCCAGCUGCCUCUUAAACUGUUCCAGAGAAGAAGCAGAUGUUACACUGGCAGGGAGCUGGUUCCAAAGGCAUACAACACUAGGAAAGAAGGAGUUUUGAAACCCAGAGGUCCUACACAAUUGUUGUCGAUAUUGAGUAUGUCUCAAUGAAUAAAAGUAUAUCCCUAUAUUUUAAAGGGAAUAAGUGGAGUUUUAGAAAUCCAAGUUUCUGAAAUGGCAAUAACAGAAAAAGAGUGUGUUAAUAAUGAUAAAAAGUCUGUAAUUUCGUCAAAAUUCUUUUGUAGACUUCGAGCAUUAAAAUGUAUUAUGCUGAAACCAGAGGGUAUAUUAAAUUGCAAAUUGAACUCAUUUGUGGUAUAACAAUUGUAUGAAUAGGAAGGAUUUAAUACAUUUAUAUCAGGAUCUAUAUCAUGAAGAGUACUAACCAUAGACUAAGUGUAAAAUAGUAUAACAGCUAUGAAUGAAAUUCCAUAAAAGUGUAUAUAUAUUUAAAAGGAAACACAUUUCUCCAGAUUUGAUAUUGAAAGGUAUAAUUGAAUAAAAAGUUGAUCUCCUCCAAAAAUACAUUACAUACAAAAAAAGAACAAACAUGUAAAAACGUAAAGAAAAAAAAGGGACUUACGAGUUCUAUCAAUCAGAUGAUAGAGUAGAGAUAAUGAAACAUGUUAACAAUAUACACAUGAAUAUACAUGUACAUACAUGAAAAACAGACACAAAUACAACAAUCUUCAAAUAAGAUAUUAAAGUCCAGAAUGGGAAAAACUCCACCAGGAUUAAUGCAAUGAAAUCGAGAUUAAGUCUGUUCAGUUUUAGUCAGUUUGUCCAUUGCUUGCAAGAUGUGAACUAUAACUUCUUUAGAACAUCAAUGUUAUGGAUUAGUUUUGUUUGAUUCUCUUUUCCUUUCAACACGGCAAAUAUGCGUCCGUCUUUACUCCAUGUUUUGUCCACUUUGUCAUUUUGUCACGUCUCAUUGAGCAGUUUUUGAUUUCUAGCUGUGAGGUCCUCAACGAUGGACAUUUUCUGACCUUUCAGCUUGCGUCGCUUUGAGAUGAACUCCUGGCGCUUCCGAUAGGAUUUAAAUUUGACUAUGAUGCCUCUUGGAUGAUCUCUGUUGGGAUGCUCUUUCCUCUGACCCACCCUGUGGGAGCGUUCAAUGUCCUCGAUCUUGAGGUCUACCUGGAGAUGUUCGUUUGCAACUUUUAAAACGAUGAUGUCGGUGUUUUCCCCUAGUCUUUCUGGGCAGCCAAAGAUCCUUACACAAUUUCUUCGUGAGUUCUGUUCUUGUGCAUCUAGCUUUUUAUCAAUUGCCUGUAGAUUGGUAUUAUGGAGACUAAUCUGCCUUUUGACUUCGGUGAGCUCCCUGGAUUUGUCAUUAUUGCUUAUUUCGAGUUCCAUGAUGAGGGCACUUUGUUUUUCAAUUGUUUCUUCCAUCGCUUUGACCCGCUUUGUGAUUGAUCCUUCCACCAGAGAUAAAAAGCUCUUACUUUGAAGAAUGUCUUUAAUGACCUGUUGUACCAAAACAGAGUCACUUUGUUCCACUGACUGACUAACUGACUUAGACCUAGUCUUUACAGAGGAUGAUCCUGGGACUAAAGAAGUCAUGAUGAAGAAAGACUGUCCACAAUAAAAAAGACCUGUCCACAAAAAAAAACUGAUGGUCUAUUAUUAGAGGAUUAGCAAAGCAAUUAAAGUUCAAAGAAUUCCUCCAGUGUGCUAUUGUUGACAGCUAAGGGACUCAAUCAGUGUUACUGUAUGUCAGCAAACCUUACAGUAAAAAGAGUGCUCUAAAAGCUAACAUCGAAGACAUUCUGUGGGACCAGAGCUCUGAUUCUGAGAUAUAUAGUCUGAAUAUCAGGUUGGAGUAUAGCUUUUCCAGAAUCAGUCACAGCUUGAAAAUAUCACAAUAUUUCUCCUGGUGAAGAUAGUAUCCCAAGUAGUAUUUACAUGAUGAUAUAACUCACAUAAAGAUGCAGAUAAAUGAGUAUAAACAGGAGAAUAAUCAAGAGCUUCCUGUGGUUCCUGUGGUAGAUUUGGCCUUUACUUAAAAAAAAGACAUACAACUCACUACUUUUAGAUGAUCUAAAUCUUCAAUACAGAGAAAAUAACAUUCACUACCACAGUAUGUUACUUUAGAGACAUCUAACAUACCUCUUAUGAAAAUUAUAUCAUAUUAAAGCUUAGAUCUUCAGCUUUAUCAUAAUCUAAAAAUCAUUUGUGCUCAAACAGAAAUGAAGGGUAAAACAUCAACUUUUGUUGCAUGAAAAUAAUUAUUUUGUUUUAUGUUUUAGAUCAAAAGUUUCCCCUAUAUUACAACAUCUUUUUAAAAAUCCAAACACUUGACCUAAAAGAAUGAUUUUUCUUCUUUAUAAAAAAUAUGAAAUUUGGUUAAUAUUUAGAGCAGCAAUGGCCGAAUAAAAAAAGGUGUUUUGGUCCGCACCAAGCUCAUUAACAAUGCAAAACCACUCUAGUCAUGAAUAUCACUUGGAUAAAAGAAGCCACUUUUUCAGGGCUUGCCGACUGACUGGCUCCAAACUAAUUAGGCACAUCCUGAUAGCAUAAUGCAUUUUCUUUAUACUGUCAAAAUUUUAAGUUGUAAAGUUGAAUAAAAGAUAAGAUACAAGAAAUUCUUUGAUAAUUUCUUGGGGAUUGCUUAGCAGUUACACUGAGAUUAGUGUGCACAUAUCAUUGGGUAUCCUCAGGUGAUGGCUCUUUUACACUCUACUACACUUCACUACCUUUACACUUUGCUACACCGACCCAAACCAUCAGGGCUUGUAAUUCAGAUGGACACUUUAAUAAAAUCUAUACAAUGUUAUAAACCUGCCUGGAGGUUUUAUAUCUUGUAAAUAUACAAGAUCUGUUUAUCAGUUGGCCCUUCCUCCCUUUCAAUUAUUUAUAUUUCGAUUUGAUAAUUGUCUAUUGUAAUUUUAUAAUGUUAUCAAUUUUUUGUAUGUACUUCAAAUGUGAUUAUAUGUUACUAUGUCAAUUGUAUCAAAAAUUGUAAAUAUGAAAUUGAAAGUGGAAAAUAAAAUGAUUGAAUUGAAUUGAAUACACACUAGUCUCUCUGCUGAGGCAAGAGUACCCACCCCAUAAUAUUCAUGAGAAGGUUGUGUUGUCUAGGGGUUUCUUAUUGUUUUUACUGCAGGAGCAUUAAUAGGCAAUUUGUACUGUAAGAAGAUGGAAAAAACAUAUGCAAGAUCCUAAUAUAUCUCUGCAAAACUAUAUUGGCAAUUUCUUGAAGAAAAAUGUAAUAAGAGGUCUAAUUUAGUGCAAUAAUUUUUUUUUUUGAAGUAUCCCUGGUUUUUCUAAAGAGAAAAAAAAUAACACACAAAUUGUAACUAAAAUGGAGAAGAAUUAAUUUUGGAAGACAUGAAUGAUACCCUUUUCAUAUCAAUCAGGACAAAAUGGCUGAGGAAUCAGUUAAAGGCAGACUUCUUAUUUUCCAUUUGUGUAUGUUUCAUUUAUAUGUGAAAAUUGUUUGUCUUGUUUUGAAGCACUUUAAUGAUGAGCCCAGUGAGUUUCUUGAAAACAGACUUUCAACAAAAGUUUGAAGGCCUAUAAGUGGUAUGAGAUGUGCUCAGUGAUGACAUUAAGAAGACCAUUAGUGAAAGUUGCUUUGUUUUGUCCAUAACAGUAAUGUGUAUGUUGCAAACUAGCAGAAAUUAAACUUUUUAUUUAAUCUGAGAGAUAUAUACAUGUAUUUAUAUACUUUACCAUUUUACCAUUUUAAUGGUUCAAACCAGAUCUAAAUGUGAAAUAGUUUUUUAAAUAAAUAAAAACCUAUGGGCUACAAA